GUACCAUAAAUUUAAAAAUUACUCCAGAAAAUAUGUUUCACAUAAUAUAUGGAGCGUUCUCAUGUCCUGCCCAUAAUAUAAAUGAAGUGUUACGAGUUCUUUUCAUUUAUGCGAUUUUUUUAAUGGACAGUACUCCCUCUCACUUAUAUAAUUGGAAAAAAAAAAGAAAAAAAAAGCAAAUAUAAAAACACCUACUUUGACAGUAGCACAGAGAGAGUGAGUGAGUGAUUGAAGAAAAUCAGCUUUAAUGGAGUAUUGAACCCCAGUCCUCCGGAAGUAGAACCCAUUUGUCAUUUCUCACAGUCCUCACUGUCUCCCUCCUGGGGUCGUGACCUUCAUUAUCUUAAACCCCAAAUACACGUUCAUUAUCUUCUACCUCUAGCACUCUAAGAAACCCCAUCAAAAACCACAACAUCGCUACUACUGAACUGAGAAACCACAUUUUCAUGGAUCCUUAUUCAAGGUUCUCAUUUUCACUCAUUCUCAGCUUUGUCGUCCUACUUCUCACCUCCAGAGGCGUCUCAGCUGCCACCUUUAACUUCGUUAAUCGAUGUGACUACACUGUUUGGCCGGGCAUUCUAGCUAAUGCCGGAAGCCCAAGACUGGACAGCACAGGAUUCGAGCUACCAAAGGACACCUCUCGAUCUUUCCUGGCUCCGACGGGUUGGUCGGGUCGUUUUUGGGGUCGGACGGGUUGUACUUUUGAUGAAUCAGGAUCCGGGUCCUGUCUCACCGGAGACUGUGGUUCUGGCGUGGUCGAGUGCAACGGCGCCGGAGCUGCACCGCCAGCGACUCUCGCCGAGUUCACUUUAGGAACCGGCGGGCAGGACUUCUACGACGUCAGCCUCGUCGACGGCUAUAACUUGCCCAUGGUCGUUGAAGGAACUGGCGGGUCGGGCCUGUGCGCCUCCACGGGUUGCCCCACCGACUUGAACCAGCAAUGCCCGUCGGAGUUGAGGGUCGGAAACGGUAACGCGUGUAAGAGCGCGUGCGAGGCUUUCGGGACGCCAGAAUACUGUUGCAGCGGCGCGUAUGGUACACCCGCCACUUGCAGGCCGUCAGUUUACUCUGAGAUGUUCAAGUCCGCGUGUCCCAGAUCGUAUAGCUACGCCUACGACGAUGCCACUAGUACGUUUACGUGUACGGGAGCUGAUUAUACGGUGACGUUUUGUCCAUCUUCACCAAGCCAAAAAUCCACAAGAGAUACUACGCCAACAGCAGCAGGGUCACAAUCCGGGGCAACGUAUUCGGAUCCAGGACAACAACAGCAACAACCCGAGGUAACAUAUCCUGAAGCAGGAUCCGGGUCGGGUACUGGAAGUGGAUCCGGAGGAACCCUUUUAGCAGAUGGGACAUGGUUGGCUGGUUUGGCAAUGGGAGACUCACCAAGAACAGUCUUAUCACCCUCAACUCUACGUGUUGCACUCAUAGCCUUUGUAGCUUUUUAUUCCAUCUUAUUAAGAAAGUUGUAACCUAGAUUCAUGAGCUUGGCUUUUGUUUUUUGGUUUUUGUUUUUUUUUUUUGGUAGUUUUUCUCCAAUGUGAAAUAUUUCUCAGUUUGCAGUAAUUUAGUAGAGUUUUGUGUUUUCUAGGAAAGCUGACAGAUUCAUCCAGAUUGUAAACCACCUACUUCUUCAAGAUUCUCCCAAAAUAUUCCUGUAGCACACACGUUUUCUUUAAUUUCAAAAAAAGAGGGCCUUCAUUUCCUUUUGGUUUAUUGAGAAUAUUUAGGCCCUUUUCUUUCCCACUUGAGCUUCCUUUUAAGUCCCUUCUGUUGUUUGGUUAAAGAAUACAAACUAGGUUCGGAUCCACUUUAUUUUGGGGU